AUGAGCUUGCAAUUUCUUGAUGUCUUCGGCAAGUCGAGCGGCGGUAGACGGCAGGUCCGUACCACAUCUGGUGGUCUUGUAACUAUUCUCGCCGCUAUACUGAUUGUCUGGCUUCUUGUACUGGAAGUGCAGUCGUAUUUCAGCGUAGGGCUCGAACCAACGUUGGUGGUGGAUUCAGCGCGAGAUGAGCGUAUGGAUAUUAUUGUGGAUAUUUCGUUCCCACACGUACCCUGUACGAUUUUGAACGUGGAUGCCAUGGAUAUUGCUGGCGAGGUUCAAGCUGAUGUGGAUGGGCAGCUGCUCAUGGCAGAUUUGGGCCCUGACGGGAAUUUCGCCGAUAAGGCCAUUUUGGACCGCCAAAAAGAGAUCCGCGAAAAUGCCAUUGCUGCCAGACUCGCUAAUCCAGACUACAAGGGCCCAUGCUAUGGUGCUGCACCUGACGAGGAGAACUGCCUUUCAUGCUUGGACGUGCAGCGGGCAUAUGCGGCUAAAGGGUGGCAGUUCCACGAUGGUUCUGGGUUCGACCAGUGCAAAGAGGAAGGAUACCCCGAAGCCCUGGAAGCCAACAAGCAGAACGGGUGUCGGGUCUCUGGACGCGUCUCUGUAUCCAAAGUUGCCGGUGUUCUCCACUUCGCUCCUGGUGAGCCAGUAAUUGGAAGUGGUCGUCAUUCUCACGAUUUGAGCGCGUACAAUUUACCGUCAAUGCCCUUCAACUUUGAUCAUACCAUCCACCAGCUAUCGUUUGGUGAGGGCGGGGAGACACAGCUGGAUGACCCACUUCGCGGAUUCCAUGGAGCCACCGACCAAAAGCAGUUUGCGUUCCACUAUUUUGCCAAAGUUGUGGCGACUGAGUUCCAUUUUCUUAACAACACGGUGAUGAGCACGAACCAAUACUCUGUCACCCGCCACGGCAGACCCAUUGUUGGGGGCCCAGAUGAAGACCAUCCGAAUUCGUACCAUGCAUCAGGAGGCAUCCCUGGGGUUAGAGUGGAUUAUGAGAUUUCGCCGAUGAAGGUGAUUAACACCGAACGACGGAUGGAAACUUUCAGUGAACUGUUAAUGGACGUCUGCGCUAUCAUUGGCGCAGUAAUCACCACCGCAGCCCUCGUCGAUCGCUCAGUCUAUGCGAUGGAUCGCGUGUUACGGGAAAAGAAGAAUCGCUAG